UGGUUUUAACGUACAUUAUCAAUGCCUCGUAUUUUGAUUUAAAGAUGACCGCAAGUUCAUUGUGUUAUUUACGCAGACUCAUUCCAGUUGCUAUAAUGAUUGCCUAUUAAUCACCCGUAUACAAAUCGUACUUAAAGUAGAAAAUAUUCAGGGAAAAUAAUUUAUUUAUAAAGUUAAGUAAAGUGAGGUACAUUAGGAUGAUUUUAUUUCAUCUAUUGUGGGUUUCGUUAUUCGUUAGUGUUAAGUCAGCGAAAAUAAUCAAGGACGCUAUCGGUUUUCCGGAGGUCGAGGAAAAUAUUAUUUUAGUUAAUAAGCAGGAUCGGUUGCCAGUUUUCUUGCCAUCAACAUGUAGAGAAAACGAGUUGUAUUAUCCAGGAGAUCAAAAAGAUGAUUGGAUUUGUGACUGUCGCCCCGGUUAUCUAUACCACCCAGAUUCAGAUGCUUGCUGGCCAUCGUUUCGACGUGGACCGUGUAAGGAAGAUGAACAUUUGAUACUGCUUGCCCUAACAUCUGUUAUACCAGUCUGUAAUAAAAAUCCCUGUGAAGAUGGCUUAGUUUUGUGGAAUGGGAAAUGUGAGGCUUUAGGUGCCAUGGAACCUUGUAGAAAUGUGUUCCCUCUCUCAACCCUUUGGAUUAAUGCAACCACAGUCACUGUAGAUUGUGUUCCUAUUAAUAUUGAUAACAGAUUUGUCUCCGAUAUCGGUGAUACUUGCUUACCGGGUUGUAAAAGAAGUAUUAAGAAGAAGUGUAUGCCUUUGAUAACGUAAAUUCGUUAUAAUGUAAUUUUAAUAAAUUAUGAAUAAAUUAUAAUGCUACUACUAUACUAAUGCUUCAAUAAAUUAUGAAUACACUGAC